UCUGAGCGCUGAGAGUCAACGCAGGCCCCUUCAUUAAGAGGUCCCUUCUCUUCUCCUCUUCCCCUUUCCCGCAGAGCCGGCUGCUUGGAGCGCUUUUCCUGGCUGGCGCAGCCGGCCUUGACUGCGGCCUCUGUGCCCCUUAGCUGGAGUCAUUGAAAUAGUGCCGCUGCAGGACAAGGCUCUGCGCCCCUGCUUUUCUGCAGAGGUAACAUUGGUCAAGAGGGAAGGUCCAGGAAAAGGGUGUCCUCGCUGAGACACUUCUUAGAGUUGAUUCACCUGAACUACCCUGUGUAUUUAGUUCCUUAGGUUGCUGAUUUUGGGAACUAGUUCUCGAGUCUCUAAAGGACUAAGGUCAGCUAAGAAGCCUGUCCGUGUGUCAGACUGACAUCCUAUCUCUACUUGACAUGAUCUGAGGGUUGGCAGAAUUUAGGUUGAAGGAGGGGGCAGGUUUCUAGCAGCGGCUCCGUGCGAUAAGCUGCAUAUCUAUGCGUUGACAGAUUGGCUGCCUUAGACGUUAGCUAAGUGUGGCCUCUCAGGAUAAGCUUCACUUCUUACCAUGGCAACCGCUCACAUGGAGGACUUUCGCGUUGCUUUGGUGAGCGUGGUUCUGUGGGGUUCUGGAACUGUUGGAGACAGGCUUGGCAAGCCCCCUUCUGGAACGGUGGCUGUGAGCAACUGGGAGGUGUUGGUCUCAGGGUUCACACCGAGGAGCGGCUGAGCCUCCCAGGCUCAAGGGCAGGUGUGUUUUGGCUGCAUUCUUGUUUUUCUUCGGGCCCAGUCUGUGUGGUUUUCCUUUGGGACAGCACUAAGGUCAAGCGCCGGGACCUCCAUGGGCAUCCAGGCUGUUGGACCAGGCGUUGUUGCUUGUCUAGCACAUGUGUUUUUAAAAAUCUUCCCUGAGGUGCUGUGUCCUCCCUGAGGCCAGUCCAGAAGCUCCUCGCAGGCUUGGCUGAUAUCCGCAAGUCCAGGACCAGGCUCAGAGUAGCCCCAGAACAAACUGUGGGUUAGUGGAAUAGGCAAAAAUAUCCUGCUGACCCACACUGCGUGGACGUGGGAUGUCGCCCGCGUUGGUGUGGCAUUUGCCUAACUCACUGAAGGUACAACGUACAUGGCCAUCGUGACAUUCUUUUAUGAAAGGAAAUGGGAAAUGACAACUGUUUGAUCCACAGAUACUCCUGAGCACUGGGGCCAGUGAGGCAGCCAGUUCCGUGAUGAUGCUCACUGUCGGUCCCUGGUAUUGUUGAGAUGUUCCAUUUGGGGUUUUUUGUUAUGAUCCUGCUUUAAAUUGAGAUUGUAUUCCACUCUGCAGUCUCCACAGGUGUGGAGGAUUUUCACACCACAAGAGCCAACGAACUACAGGACUCCAGAGCUGAGCAUCAGAAAGGCUCCCCAUCGCCACAUCGCAGCAUGUCCUGCAGGCAGGGCCAGAAUGCAGUAGUCAGAAAGUGUGCCCAUGGGAGCUUAGAAGAUCCCAAAAGUGUAACCCAUCAUAAAUUAAUCCACGCUGCCUCAGAGAGGGUGCUGAGUGAUGCCAGGACCAUCCUGGAGGAGAACAUCCAGGAUCAAGAUGUCCUAUUAUUGAUAAAAAAGCGUGCUCCAGCACCGCUUCCCAAGAUGGCUGAUGUCACAGCAGAAGAAAAGAAAAAACAAGACCAGAAAGCUCCAGAUAAAGAUGCCAUCCUCCGGGCCACUGCCAACCUGCCCUCCCACAACAUGGACCGAGCCGUGGUUCAGACCAACAUGAGAGAUUUCCAGACAGAACUCCGGAAGAUACUGGUGUCUCUCAUCGACGUGGCGCAGAAGCUGUUAGCGCUGAACCCGGAUGCGGUGGAAUUGUUUAAGAAGGCGAAUGCGAUGCUGGACGAGGAUGAGGAUGAGCGUGUGGACGAGGCUGCCCUGCGGCAGCUCACGGAGAUGGGCUUUCCCGAGACCAGAGCUACCAAGGCCCUUCAACUGAACCACAUGUCGGUGCCUCAGGCCAUGGAGUGGCUCAUCGAACACGCAGAAGACCCGACCAUAGACACGCCUCUUCCAGGCCAAGCUCCCUCAGGGGCCGAGGGGGCUGCAGCAGCCGCAGCAGCCACCUCCGAGGCCACUGCAGGCACCAGCAGCACCGACGAGGAGGCCAGAGAUGAGCUCACGGAAAUCUUCAAGAAGAUCCGGAGGAAAAGGGAGUUUCGGGCUGAUGCUCGGGCCGUCAUUUCCCUGAUGGAGAUGGGGUUCGACGAGAAGGAGGUGAUAGACGCCCUCAGAGUGAACAACAACCAGCAGAAUGCUGCGUGCGAGUGGCUGCUGGGGGACCGCAAGCCCUCCCCAGAGGAGCUGGACAAGGGCAUCGACCCCGACAGUCCUCUCUUUCAGGCCAUCCUGGAUAACCCAGUAGUGCAGCUGGGCCUGACCAACCCGAAAACAUUGCUAGCAUUUGAAGACAUGCUGGAGAACCCACUGAACAGCACCCAGUGGAUGAACGAUCCAGAAACGGGUCCUGUCAUGCUGCAGAUCUCUAGAAUCUUCCAGACACUAAAUCGCACGUAGGUGGCACUGCUCCACUCAGCUGUCCGGCCACAGCAGCCCCCAGCGCAGCCCAGGGCAGAGCGGACGUCGCCUGGAAACACUUCAGCUCCUCGGCCCUGGACUGUUGGUGGCACCGCGGCUGCUCCUGUGCUCUGAUCUGAUUGCUUAUAAACUCUGGUGAUGGUAGUGUGUAAGGCCGUAUUUUUGGCAUCUGACAGGUGUUUACAAAAAAGUGCUUGUGGCGCUAGGAAGUGGAGUGAUGGCUUCCUCCCAUGCUCCUCUGGGCUCUUGAGUUGCGACUUGAACUGCCCCCAGACGUUUGCUUGGAGAGUCCACGUGUUAUUAUUUGACGGAGGCAGGUUUCAACCCAGAGUGUUAAUGUCAGGCAUGCUAAUUUAACUAGUCACUCACAGAUGACUUUAAUAAAUAAAGUCCCUUUUCCUAU